UUGCAAAACUACUACAACUAAAUUUUUUACCCCUCGUGUUGGGUACCUAAGCAUUUCUCAGUUUUGUAAGUCACACUGAAAUUGUAAGACUAAAUUCGUAGUAAGCAUUUAAUUACAAUGCCAGUACUGGAAAUGUUUAUUGUUAUGGACAACGUCUACCGUGGACUGCGACGCUGCUUCGGUCCAGAAAAUCAGACUGGAGCAUCUAACAUGCCAGCUCAUUAUGCACUGAAAAAAUUGGUCAAACGACGUCGCAGAAUUCUGAAGAGCAAACGAAACUUGCGCAGGAAUCGGUUUCCCAUUAGCGAAGAGUGUGCGGAUUCCUCGGGACUAAAGGAGUAUCUUGCCAGGUGGCAAUUCCCUCCUCCGACGACCUUGACCCGUGAACCUGCCCCUAUUACUCCCUCAAAAGAUCUGUCGCAUCGCCGGCGACUCCAAAACCGACCAUGGAUGUUGAAUGCCCGCCAGGUGCUACAAAUUCAAUGGGGAGGUUGGUGGCAGAGGUGCUGGCCCACUCUCAUGACGGCCAGUAUGCAGAUUGGCUGCGGAUCUUCGGUGCUUUGCCACUCACUAUUGGGACUAUACGACAAGGAGGAUGAAGAUCCACCAAUCGUGCUGCUCCUGUGUUACUUGGGGCAGGCCCUGAAAAAGAUUGGCAAGCGAGCUGACUUGGCCAUUAGCAGUAAUGGUCAUGGGCCCACUUAUAUCUCCACUUCACCCGCCAUGGAAUUGAUCGACAUCCACGACCUAUUUCAGCAAAUUAACAAUGCCUUGAUAGACUAUCUCCUCAGGGUCGGGGACUCCAGUAGCGAGCCAACGGAAUAGAAUAUCUUUGAAAAAACCAAAACAAAUUAUGAAUACUUGGACACCAUAAACUCAAAGAAGGCGUCUCGCCUUUGGGCAACUGUGCCUUUGUGCACUACAAAUAACAUGUAUUUUAAAUUAUUAAUAGUCCAAUGAAAAUAAACAGACUUUUAGAUAGAA